AUAUAUCCGGACGCGCUCCGGCGUUUUGGGGUUACUUUUCACAAAACGCUGCGUUUUGGCCACUCAAUGCGAAACCCAGGCAUAUCCAGGAGCUUGUUGAACGACCGGAAGUCGGGAGCCCUAGCUCUUGCGGCCCAUUCACCCAGCCUUCGAGCCUCUUUCCGAGCCUUCAGUUGCCGGACAUCUCAGCGCCAUCGACAUUCGAAGGCGAUCUAAGCUUCUUCGAAGCCUUGCAAAAUUCAUGUUGGCCAAAGGUUGAAUAACAGGGGUGCAGAAAACGAUAGUUGGAACUGUGAGGCGGGCUUAGGGCAACCCAAGGAUGAUCAUUCCAGUUCGUUGUUUCACCUGUGGGAAGGUCAUUGGUAACAAAUGGGAUUCUUAUCUUGAUCUUCUCCAGGCUGAUUAUGGUGAAGGAGAUGCUCUUGAUGCGUUGGGGCUUGUACGGUAUUGCUGCAGGCGGAUGCUCAUGACACAUGUUGAUCUCAUUGAAAAGCUAUUGAACUACAACAGUACUUUCUCUGUCUCUCUCUCUCGCGCAACAAAACACCAGAAGGCAUGGGGGCACAAAUGCCCACAUGCAUUCAAGCCAUGUUUAGUGACUCGAGUGCACAGUUGUUUGGUGGGAAUGGAAUGGAAACAAAAUUGACUUAAUUUCUGUAUGUUAUUCAAUUUUUUAUUCCAUUCCAUUCCCACCUCAGUUCAUUCUGCAAACCAAAUGCAACGUAAUAAUAUUGAAUCUUUGUUCAUGUUUGUUUAAAGCACUGACACCCCCCCUUGUUGCAGCUCUGGAGAAAUCUGACACCAGCUGAUGGAAGGUUAUGGAGCAGCUUAGAGUGAUUUCCUGUGUCUUGCUCUAUGGAUAUUUGUUUUUGUUGGUAGCUUACUAGGGAUGUUUGAUUGAUAGGGGAGAUGUUUUCUUCCUUUUCUUAAUGGAUUGUGCUCAGUAAAUAUCUCUCUAUCUUCAACUGUGUUUGUGGAAUACAUUUAUUCGGUCCGACACUGGUUGACACUGGUUGUUGGUGGUUUUGUUUGAUUGAUGAGGGAGAUGAUGUUUCUUUCCUUUUGGGUUUUUGUGUGUGUGUGUGGAUUGUGACUUGCUAAAUGUAUCUCAUCUUUAAUUGUGGUGCAA